UUUCCGCCCUCAUUUUGAUUGGUGAAUGGUGAGUUUAAUACAGAGCUGUCCAAUAUGAGRUCGUGUUUUGAUUUAGAGACAUAUCUGUAACUCCGAAAUCUAAAGGGUUUUGACGACAAUUAGAUGAACUGUGAGACGUUUUUCGAACCAUGGACUCAUCUAAAUUAGAUUAUACCAAAUCUGUAGCUAAAAAAGCUCAAAAACCCAAAGUUUCCAACACUCAAAGAUUGAUACGAGAGUCAAGAAGAAAAGUAUGGGCAGAAAUCGAAAAUCAAAAGAGGAUUCUACUAAAUAUAAAGAAUAUAAACGACGACUCCGACGAAGACGACGAUUUCGAUCCGUGUACUAGAAAUUCAGAAAACCCUGUGAUUUUUUUUAAAUUGGAACGUAACGAAAGUACUGUUGAUCUUAGCAAUCGAAUCGUUGGUCCCGUGCAAAUAACUGAAAUAUCCGAUCGUUAUUUCCCCUCUAUGAAAGUUACUCGCCUGUUGCUUAGAAACUGUUGGCUUGGUAACGAAGGAGUCCGGGCCGUAGCGAGGGGACUUGUGAAUAACUUAACUGUUACAGAGCUGGAUCUUUCGGCAAAUAAGCUGGAUGUGAAUUCUGUUAUUUCGAUUGGAGAAAUGUUGAGAGACAACGAAAAUCUAGAAAAGCUGAGUCUAGCUUCAAAUAGCUUGACAGACGCUGAUGUUGAACCUUUGAUGCUCGUUCUUCAAGGCAAAUGCAAACUGAAAGAACUUUGUUUGAGCAAUAAUAUCCUUGGAGAUGAUUUUGCUAAAGCAAUUGGAUCUGUUCUAGCUGUAAACAGUAAUUUAGUAACCCUUGACCUCGCCUCGAACCAGCUAGCUUCGCAAGGCAUUGCCGCCAUGGAAACAGAGCUACGGAGAGCCAAAUUCCUUAAAUUUCUAGACAUCUCAUGGAAUUAUUUGUACGACGAAGGAGCUAAAGUUAUAGCUGAAGUCUUAAAAGGAAAUAAGUCUUUGGAGGAACUUCGUAUCUGUGGGAAUUUCAUUCGAGUUGAGGGUGCGUCGUACAUUGGAAAUGCCAUGAGAAAAAACUGCAACCUCAGAACCCUUCGAUUAGGUCACAAUUUAUUGAAGAACGAAGGAGCUAACGUUCUCAUUCGAGAACUUUUGCAAAGCGCAGAGACCUUGUUGGAGAUUUUAAACCUUAAUGGUACAGUCGUAGACGAGAGACUUGCAAGUAUUUGUAGACGAGAACUUAAAGAGAAGUUCCCACAACUGAAAGUAAUCCACUUGAGCGAAAGUCAUUCUUGAAAUUAUUGGGAAAUAAGCCAACAUUUAUUGGUAUGCGUUCAUACUUUCAUCUCUGUGUCUUGGUGU